AAUAAGUACUAUUGAUCUGAUAUCUGAAAGGAGAAAUUAAAACUGAGCUGUUGAGGUGACAAGCAGAAAACAAAAAGUGCGAUAGGAAAAAAAUCUGACUAGCUAGAUUUACGUUUGUAAAAGUUGCCCAAAUCAAGUUAAAAAUUUAAUAUCAGUGUAACGAACAGUUCCAUCCUAGCUUAUAAUUCCCGUACAAUAGUAUUGGCCAUAAGAAAGAUAUAGGUAGCGAUGAACUCGAAGAAAUUUCCUUCUUCUUCGACAAAUAAUCGCCUAGGCGAUGAUUGUCUACCUUCAAGUUCUGGCUGCAGUAAUUCCAAACAAACAAAUACUCCAUCUCCAUCAAAAGAAAACAGUCUGAGUAAUGCUAAUAGCAAGAAGCAUACAACACCAUCCGAACCAACCCCGUCCAAGUGGGUCAGUCUGAACGUUGGUGGAAAAGUUUUCACCACAACACUGAGUACACUGCUGAAUAAAGAACCCCGCAGUAUGCUGGCUCGGAUGUUUGCCCAGGAAGAUGCAAUGUGUCCCAGCGACAAGGACAGCCAAGGUGCUUUUCUGAUUGAUCGCAGUUCGCAGUACUUUGAGCCGAUACUUAACUAUCUCAGGCACGGGCAAUUGAUUUACGACGGCCACUUGAGUUUGGAAGGAAUUUUGGAGGAGGCAAAGUUUUUCGGUAUUGAAGGCCUUAUUCCACAGCUGGAAAGUUUAGUGCAACAGCAGCAGGCUGCCAAUAUGGAGGAUUUACCGCUGACGCGUCGGGAUGUAAUAAGUGCUCUGAUAAAGACAUCCCAGAUGACGGAACUGCGCUUCCAGGGCGUCAAUCUGGCUGGUGCUGAUCUGCGAAAGCUGGAUCUGCGUCAUAUUAAUUUUAAGUAUGCCUGCCUACAACGAUGCAACUUGUCCCUAGCUAAUUUAAACUACUGCUGUCUUGAACGAGCUGAUCUUAGUUUUGCCAAUUUGGAAGGAGCCCAGCUGUUGUCCGUGAAGGGGCUUUGUGCUAACAUGGAAGGUGCUAAUUUGCAGGGUUGUAAUUUCGAGGAUCCGUCCGGAGUGCGGAGUAAUCUCGAAGGGGUUAACUUGAAGGGCGCCUGUCUAGAAAAUAGCAACAUGGCUGGAGUGAACUUGCGGGUGGCCAAUCUUCGGAAUGCAAAUCUGAAGAAUUGCAACCUUAGGGCGGCGGUGCUUGCGGGGGCGGAUUUAGAGCGCUGCAAUCUUUCUGGAAGUGAUCUGCAAGAAGCAAACCUCCGUGGAGCCAAUUUCAAAGACGCACAGCUUGAGCUUAUGCUAACUCCACUGCACAUGUCCCAGGCUAUUCGCUAGUUCGAAAGUAAAUGGUUGAUCGAGUCGGUUGAAUACAUUUUCACUAUAACAAUUGUAAUAAAAUACACGGACAAACUUGAAUUAUACGGGGCUAGACAAGGUAGGACAACAACAUUUUGUCUUUAAGGACCAGCGAAAUAUGUAACACGGUCUGACUGAUUCGGGUUCCAAUGAGAUGUGCUAGAUGUUCAUUGCAUUAGGUAGGUUUUGUGUAUAGGUAUCUAUAUAUUGUGGCAAUAAUUGAGUUAUAACAAAUAAAGGAAAAUCUUAGGAAAUUCAAGCGUAUCUACAAUUAAAAGACCAGUUUCGUGUGCAAUUAAAGCUAUCGUCAACAAAACAAGAUAAAAUUUUAUUAUCAAAAAUAUAUUAAAAAUUUGUUCUUUUCUAAAAUCAAAACACUCUGUACAAUUGCUCGUCACAUAAACGGUUCUUGCUGAAACAACUUUCGAUCCAAUCAAGCUGCAGAACUUCUGGCUCAAUACUUUGUUUGGGAAAACUGUCAAUCCACUGCUUCAAGUGGUUCUUAUCCAAUUCUGUAUUUUUUAUCACAAAUAUAUUAGUAACACAA